AGGCAGAAUACACCCCGGUGAGAUAAUAAUACGGGCCACUUCGUUUGCCUGGUUCUUCCGCCCAGCGUGAGCGUUUUACUGUCACCUGCCUCUGCCUUGGUAUAAUAAGAUCGUUACCAGGCUUAGCACGCCUUGCUUUGCAAAUCUGUUCAGUUUCACAAAUACUCGAUAUAUUACGAUCCAAAGCAUCUGGUCGUAUACACUUAGUCAUUAUCAAUACCCGCAAGCUGUUGCGACAGCACUGAGUUAGUAUACGCUUGCAGAACCUGCUUACCAAUAAAAUAACCAUGUCGCGUUACGACGACGGCUACUCCCACGGUCGAUCGAGCCGCCUCAGAGAACGCUCGCCCGACUACGCAUAUACGGGCGGCGAUUAUCCUACGAGCUAUGAGGAAAGCCGGCGAAUCGCAGCUAUGGAGAGCCCCGUAUACGAGGCCGCUCCGCCGCUGAAGCAAUUGACUUAUGAGCCGCACACAACAGCCUAUCCUUCUCGAUCGCAGUCAAACUUAGACGUCCUCGACCCGCGCUCUCGACCAAGAUCCUUGCCACCCCCGGUUGAGUAUCGUCGGCGGAGUCGCGGAAGGAGAAAGGAAAAGAGAUAUAAUAGAGAUGGCGAUACCGAUGACUCGGAUGAUGACCGGGCGCGGACUCCGAUCGAGAAGACGCGUAACUUCGUCGAUAAUACGUUUAGUGACACUACUGCCGGCCUGAGCGUUGGUGUGCUGGGUGCGUUAGUGGGCGGCUUAGCCGCUAGGGAAGCAGUCGAUGCCACGAGCAAACGUAACGGUCAUCAAGAGGACACGGAUCACAAGCGCAAUCAACUCAUUGGCACUGUGGUCGGAGCAGCGGUCGGCGCGUUAGGAGCAAACGCGGUGGAGAAACGACUAGAGGUGCACCGUGAGAAGGAGAAAAUCAAACAGGAGAAAUGGGAGCGCAAGUUUAGACCAAACUCCGAUGUCGUCGAAAGGCGCGAGUUUGUCACGCGGCCGCGUAGCAGUAGCGGCGGUGGCCACAGUGGGAGGAGAGACUGGGAUCCGUGGGAAGAACGCGACCGGGACCGCGCUAGAAACCGCGGCGUUGAACGGGAAGUCGAUCUUGGGGCGCGUAGCUGGAAGAACGUUGAAGAUUGGCUUAAUGACGAGGGGAAUGAUAACAAACCGAGAUCGAGCGACGGAUAUCGAUAUUAGGGGGCUGUGCUACCGUAAGGCCCCUGUGGCGUCGGGUAACUUUUCGCCCCUAUCCGUUUAGGUAUUCUGUGUAAUGUGAGAUGCCGCCACCCGGAUGGUGGCUUGCGUUGGCCGAUAUCUAUUCCUCACGUCGAUGAUUCUCUCUUUUCCUAGCUCUUAAUUCCAUAUUUCUAGAUUUACGAUUACCUUUGGUAUACAUGCCGAAUAGAUGAGUGACGAUACUAGAUUUAUCUUUUAGUUAGAUAGUAGGUAAUCAGGCAGCACAACAUACCCACCUUAAUUACAUAAGACUCGUUGAUUGCACACAGGAAGAGAAAAAACUGUAAACCUUCCCGAUGUAUCUAAUAAACACCAAUAUCAAUUUCACGUUUCCAAUAGGCCAAAGCACUAGCGAUACUAUACCUAAACACGAUUGAUGACCUCAUUCCAUGUGUGAAGA